AACAAAUGACGUCAUAAAGGAAAACAUUGAGCUGUUUAUACGUCAGAGUAUAGCAGACAGGCUCAUAGAUGAGUAUCAAUUUUUAAUGUUGUGCAUACCUUUUUAGCUAGUCAUGCCGUGGUAUGAAUCUUGGUCCGAAAGCAUUAAAAAGCGAGCUUGUAGGUAUUUGUUGCAAAGAUAUCUCGGACAAUUCUUAGAAGAAAAACUGACCUUGGAUCAGCUGACUGUGGAUUUAUACAAUGGGACAGGCACAGUUUGUGAAGUCAGAUUGGAUGUGCAGGCACUCAAUGAACUGGGAGAGCAGCAGAACCUCCCAGUUGAAUUUGUUGAUGGCUUUGUGGAGCAAAUGUCUGUUUCAAUCCCAUGGUCAUCACUUCUCAGCAGUUCAAGCUACGUAGAAGUUUCUGGCUUGGUUCUGACAAUUCAGCCAAAACAGCGUGCUGAUUCUGGUACGUCCAUGUUCGAAUCAAUGUGGAGCAGCAUGACAAGCAGCAUGCAGUUAGCUGAAGAAUGUCUGAAACAAGCGUCUCCAGAUGGAAAAAGUACAGACGAAGCUCAACCACUUGAAGGGCUGGAACUGUUCGCUCAGACAAUUGAUUCAAUACUGAGCCGUGUGAAAGUGAAGUUUCUUUCUACUGUUAUAAGACUUGAACAUGUUCCAAAAGAAAGCAGUUCUGGUGUGGCUCUUGAAAUUAGGAUCAAAAACAUGGACUACUGUGAUGAGGCAGGUACUGAUCCACCAACACCCCCAAUGGGCGACACCCAGCUGCAGCAAGCUAACAAGCUUUAUCAAGUUGCCGCCUUUACAACAAAGAAGUUUUAUUUGGAAGGUGUUUCAUUAUAUACAGAUGAAUUUCCCUCCCAAGCUAGGACAUUUUCUCGAUCUGUAAUGUCAUCGUCAACAAGUUCCACGCCAGAAUCCAAGAAUUCAGAUUACAAUUUUGGAACAGCUCCUGUCACACCAUCAUCAUCAUCUCCAGUGUCACCUCUGCAAACAAUUCCACCAGCUGUUGCUGCAGAUGACCACACUCAGCACAGAAAUCUGUCUGUGGAACCUGAUCCAGUACUUUUUGCUAAACUGGCAGGGCGGCAAGAAUUGCGUGUCAAACUUAAGCAAGCAGAAGGAGUACCUGGACCAAAAGUUGAUCUGGAACUGACUCUCGGUUCAUUGUCUUUAUUUAUAUCUCCAAGGCAAUUCCAUGUACUUCUGGAGCUGUUGCAUGGUCUGUCCACACCUGAUCUUGAAGACACCAGCAAUGUUGCACCUCGUUCUCGCUGUGUUGAGAAACCGAUGGAUCCAGCAGAUUUUCACCGUGUAGAGCAAGAACUACAACAACAGCUGCAUCCCCAGUCGUCCCUUGGCGACAAGGGGUUGCAACAUACACAAGGAUGGUCCACUGCGUCACUAGAUGACAGCGAUGAAGAAUUCUUGCCAAUGCGUGGAACAGCCAUGACUGAGAGUAUGCUGUCAGAUGCUGGGAGUAUGGAUGCAUCUCUCUCCUCUUCUGUGAGCAGUACAAGCAGUGCCAGCAAAUCCACUUCUGUCUCAUCCCCUACCAGAAGGCUGGCUGGAUUUGGUGGAUCACAUGGAACACAGAGUCCCUCUUUUCAGCAGAAUGUGUCAUCACGACCUAAGAAGAAAUCACAUAAGGGUUCAGUUACAUCCACACUGGAAUCUGACCCAUCAGCUGAAGUUAGUCACUUUCACAUUCGGAUGAGCAGCCUGGCAGUAGUUCUGUUGCACGAGGAUGUGCUGACCGUUUGUGUUGAUAGUGAUGGAAGCAUGUUAGCACGGUCUUCAGUGCAGCAGAUGAAAACUAUUGCCAAUGAUUUCUUCUCUGAACUUGGUCUCUUUGCUGUAUCUGGUUAUGGUCGCAAAGACUUUAAGGAGGCUCGGGAUGUUUUCCUGAAAGCAUGCCAACUGAACCACAUCAGGCUUUUGGCGGCUCCUGUUAUAAUUGAAGGCAAUGAAAGAACAACAACACAAGCAAGUUCUGUGGCAGGUACCCUCACAGCUGCAAGUCUUGAGGUUCUCGAGUGUCUUAUAGACAAGAAGACACCUUCACAAAGAGCAAAUGUGGAAUAUGUUGAGUUGUUGCGGUUUUUACGAUGCACUGAUGCAGAAGAAGGACCGAAUACUUUCCCACUUCAUUCUCAACCUGACUUGAAGUUAGUUUUCAAGUACACAGAGAAAGCAAUUAACCAUGGCCAGCUGAGGCAUUAUACACAUCCACGUACUGAUCUCAAAUUCACACUUGAGAAAUGUGCAUCAGAGAUAGAUAUUUCAAUUGUGGAUCGUAUUACUGCCGUGCUGAACCCUCAGCCAUUGUGUCGUCGAAGUACAUCUAAAUAUGGAAUGGGAUCUGGUGCAGUUAAAGACCUAAUGACUCAACAGACAUGUUUUUAUCAGGCUGUUGAAAGUUCUUCACUAGCAGAUAGCAAAACAGAAAUAAAGGUGUCAUCAUCACUUUUAAAAAUGAAUUUAAGAUUUCCCACUCCUGACCUUCGGCCUAUACAUGACAUGGAUCGUCCACCCUGGUGGAAACGCUCUGUGAGAAAGGAUAUUCUCAUAUUUGAGUUGGAGGAUGUAUCUUUCCACACAAUGAUCACUAGUCGUGAUCCGACUAUAAGAUAUGAGUUCCAGUGCAGAGAUGUGAAAGGUCUUUUCCAGGAGGCAGACACUGAUGUUUCUCUUCCUUUUCUCCGUGCCUCUUGUGAUGAUAGAAAUGGGAAUUCUUUGCCAGAUGGAGGAAAGGGAUUUGGUUGGCCAAGGAUUGUGAUUGUGGUAUAUCCUGUGAAUAGUCCUGGAGAUCUGGAUGACAUUGGAGAGAAUGAAGUGCUAGAGGAUUCAAUGCCUCAUUCUACAUUUGAACCUUUAGAAAAAGCAACAUCAAAAGAGCCAUCACCUUUUAGUUCCAAAAAAGUAAUUCACGAAAGUGACACACCACAUGGAAGAUCUGUUAACAAUACAGAAGGAGAUGGUGAAGAAUUAGUUAUUCCAGGUGACAAACAUGAAAUGGCUGAGUUCAUUGAACAUGCUUCACGAAACUGCCGGGUGCAACUUGAGAUAAAUCUUCCAUGUGCCAGUAUGCAGAUUUCCUCAAAACACCUAUAUGAACUGAUAUACAACAGGAUUAACACAGAUAUGUUUCUGUGGGAGCCAUCUGCACCGAAACCUUCACAUACAGACUUGUAUUCUGGGAAAGGAUCAGGAGGUGCUGACUUGUCUUCAGCUUUGUUGCAAGAUCAGACUUAUCCUACUUUCAGUUUAUGCAAGUCUGGAAUUCAAUAUGAUUCUGAUACCGAUUCAGAAGAAACUGAGGGAAUAUAUUAUUCAGUAUACGAACAUCGCCAGAGACAGAAACGGCGUCAACAGACUGAGGGUGCAAGUCUUUCUGGACAGUCUCUUGUUGCUGUCACUCUGUCUGUUAGUCAGGGUAUACUGAAUGUCUUUGCACCUGUCAGGGAUUCCUCAGGGAAUGUUAUUCCUGGACAGCAUGGGGAGUUGGAAAUUCAUUUUGAAGAUGGCAAUAUGUUUUCUGUUUCUGGGUAUCGAGGAAAGACUGGCUUAGGAUAUGUUUGCCUUCAGGUCAACCAGGCAACAUUUUAUCACAGUGGUUUAGUACGGACACCUACAAUUGCACCACCUCUCAGAAUGUACGGAUCACCACCUCCAAGCCAUCUAGAUCUAACAAUAUACAAGUCUGAAGGAGAAGCACUAGUGAACCAUUCUGCUGCAGGAGGAGACAUGCUUACAAUGGCCAUCAAGAUACAGCUUGAUGACAGCAUUCUCAAUCUUAAGACAUUCCGAGUAGCAGCAGGUCUUCGUGGGGCCACAUUAAGGCACCGAAUGUGUGCUAGUAGUACAAGCUGGUUCACACAGUUUGUGGACUUCUUUGAUGUCAGAGAUUACCCAGUUGCAGGAUAUGAUCCUCCUGGAGUUAUAACUGAGUUGCACAUGCAUCUCUGGGACUGUGCAGUUGAUUACAGACCACUGUAUCUACCACUUAAGUCAAUGAUCACAGUUGGUAGCUUCAGCAUUUCAAGCAACAUAGCAGCACAGACUAGCACAUCAACCUUACGUUUCAUUGCUGAAGAUUCGGCACUUUAUAUAUCUAAUAAGACCAGUUUGAAUCAGCAGCAGCAAAAUAGUCCAGUGGAUUUGCGUAAUGAUUAUGUCUGUGUCCUUGAUAUGGGACUAUUUGAAUUGUCUUUGCGCCUGAGUGACAAAGGAUCAGGUGGUCCUCGUAUCGAUCUCCGUGCUUCCAACAAUAUGCUACACAUACACACAUGUGCUGAUACAGCCAAGGCAUUGGCUGAGCUCCUUACAUACUUUGCAUCAGAUGGUGAUCUGAGACCAAUUGGAACUGAAACUGAUGUAGAGACUGGUCCUGAAAGCAUCAGUGUGCAGAAUCAUAGUAAUGCUGAUCAAGUACUAAUAAACACUGGAGAUUUAACAACUACGAGGCAAGAACCUGGAUCAGACACCUUGUCUAAAUCACAAGUGGCUCAUGUGCAUAACAUGAUGGAAGAAGCAAUGAGGGAAACACUGUCUCCUGAUACUGGGCUUAAGUCAAGAUCACCACGUUCUCAGAGAAACAAAAAAGAUGUGGAGGUCUUUUUUUUCCCUGAUGAGAAUCAACCAAUUCCCAUAAAGCCCUCAGGUGAUUCAGAACUAUCUCAAGAGGAAGAUGACAACUGGGAGGAUGAAUUCUGUAUUCUGGAUAAAGAGGCUGGAUCAGGAUUCCUGCCUCGUAAUGGUUUGCCAGAAGUAAGAAUGCUGAUACAAGAACCAGUGAGAAUAAUAGACAACCAUUUCUCUGUUCCACUGGGAAAAACUGAUCUCCUGAAAGCACCAAAACAUUUUCCUGCUGCUGUUCUUCGCUAUACACUAAGAGAAAUGAGUGUUGUAUGGCAUAUGUAUGGUGGACAAGAUUUUGCAGUGCCUGGUUCUUCACAAACCACUAAGAAGCAAGUCAAGAUAGAUGAAAAUUACAGGGUAGAAUGCAAAAGUUGCCCAUCCUCACCUCCUUUCACCACUCAUCACGUAGUUAGAUCCCCAAGUGAAAUUCGACUGGGAGUCACAGGUAGUGGUGUUUCUUUCUCAAAAGCCAGUCCUACAGAAGUGAAGUUCAUCAGCAAAACUCCAGUUCUUGGUAGCCCUAAAUCUAGUCCACAUAUGACCUGGCAGACACGUGGUGGACCAUGUCGACGCCAUGAUGUCCUGAUGGAGCUCCAGCUAAACAAGGUCCGUUUUCAACAUGAAGUGUAUCCUGAUACAACCACAGAAGCAUCCCGCCAGGUUCUUUUAAUUAAUGAACUGGAAUUAAGAGACCGUCUUGCUUCUUCACAAAUAAACAAGUUUCUCUAUCAAUAUUCUAGUGAAACAAGGCCAAAGCAAUCACAUGCAAACAUGGUUGUUGUGAAAGCAGUUCAUUUACGACCUGAUCCAAAGCUAAAGGUGCAAGAAUGCUGCCUCAAAGUAUCAGUCCUACCUCUGAAGUUGAAUAUUGACCAAGAUUCAUUGGUGUUCCUUUUUAAUUUCUUUACUGAUAUAUCAGGAGGUGUGAAAAUUGAAGAUGAUGGAAGUCAGGGGCAUACACCCAGACACAGCACUCCGACACACCAGGCACCUGUGAUGACUGUGAAUGUUGAAGGUAGCAGUGCUGAGCCAAAGCCAGAGCCUCAGGCCCCACUUAUACAACUUGAAGAUGAACCAGGAAGAUAUCUGUCAGAGAAAGUGGUCUCUGUAAAUCCCAGCUUUGCUAUAGAUAACAGGCCCCCACCUCCACCAAUAUUCUUCCGGAGUUUUACAUUCACACCAGAAGUCCCCAUUCGUCUUGAUUACCAUGGGAAACAUGUUGACAUGACACAUGGCCCUCUUGCGGGACUUCUGAUGGGAUUAGGCCAGCUUAAUUCUUCAGAACUGCGAUUGAAAAGGAUAUCUUACAGACAUGGACUGCUUGGAUUUGACAAGCUGCUGGCAUUUGUUUUAUCAGAAUGGUUGCAAGACAUAAAGAAGAACCAGCUUCCAAGUUUGUUAGGUGGUGUUGGACCAAUGCAUGCUCUUGUUCAGCUAUUUCAAGGGAUAAGAGAUCUGUUUUGGUUGCCAAUUGAACAAUACCAAAAAGAUGGUAGAAUUGUUCGAGGUUUACAGCGGGGAGCAAAUUCCUUUACGACUUCUACAGCAAUGGCAGCACUUGAAUUAACAAAUAGGAUUGUUCAGGCAAUUCAGAGCACUGCAGAAAUGGCUUAUGACAUGCUUUCACCAGGACCAAGUGUUCGACGACGUCACAAGGGUACUAAAGGAAAGCGAAAAAGAUACAGUCAACCUGCAGACAUUAGAGAAGGGAUGGCAAAUGCUAUAGUGCUUGUUAGAGAGGGAUUAGGUGAGACUGCUCAAAAUAUUGUAAGAGUUGCUAGUGAAGAACAUGAACAAAAGGGUAUGUCAGGAGCUGUAGGUGGUGUACUACGGCAGAUUCCUCCAACUGUUGUUAAACCCAUCAUUUUGGUUACUGAAGCAACAGCAAAUGUUUUGGGUGGAAUGCGAAGUCAGCUAGCACCUGAUGCACGCAAGGAGGCUGUUGAAAAAUGGCGAAGUGAUGACUAAGUUUAAGGCUGAGAGCACUGUGGACAUCAUCCAUGCUGGAUCUACCAUAGCAGUGUCUUCUUUGUAUGACUGAUCAUAUAUUUAAGAUAUGUGCAUUAUUUUUAUAAAAAAUCUUUCAUUUGUGUAUAAUUAUUUCUUACAUAAAGUUUGUACAAUAAUAAAAACUGAAAAAUUGAAUAUCAUUUUGUUUGUGAUCAAA